UCUCUUUCAUCUUUCUCACGACUGCCAACAGACCAAAGCUCCGCGUGACGUCUGAAUUCGACAGCGAUAGUCUUCUUUUCUUUAACAAAGUCUCUUGUAAGCUCUUCGACAACCUCACCAAGCUCAAACUCUCGUUUCAGAACAAUUCCCAGCACGAAGUUUCACAGCCUCAUGUCUCCUUUACUUCCAAAUCUUUCGUUCCCCAGUUUUUUUUUCCUUCUCUACAGUUCUAACCCAGUAAAAAUUAAACAUGUGGCUUUAAAGACCGAUGCUUACAUCCGUUAGUUAAGGGGCGCAGCUUAAAGUGAAUUAAUAUUUUGAUUUAUUUUUAAUCAUAUUAAUCACACAAACUCUAAACUUUUUUGCUAAGACUCUCCCUUUGGAGAUGGUCUAACGUAGCUAGCAUCCUUCCUUAAUCAAAAUCCAAGACAAUGUACUUUUCCUAUUCUCUAUCCAAACGCCUAGUUUCUAUCCCUAUCUUGGCAAUACAACUCCUUCUCAUAAGCAGCGUUUCGUGUCUGAACCUUACCAAUGACUAUCUCAACCACAAAUGCCUUGUUAGUGAAGGGAAAUAUAGGACUGGAGAUGAGUACGAAGAAAACCUCAACUUUCUCAUCCGACAAGUCUUAACCUAUUCUUAUCCAAGCGGUUUCAUUCACAUAUCUCAUGGCGAUGUUCCCAAUCUCAUCACCAUCGUAUUACAGUGCCGCGGGGACUCUUACGACUCCAAGUGCCUCUCCUGCUUUAACACCGCCCUCUCUGGGCUUCGUAAGAGAUGUCAGAGGAACAAAGGAGGAAUAGUAUGGUACGACCAAUGUUUUCUCUAUAUUACUUCGGCCAAAUUACCCCCAGGCCCGAGGAAAAAUGAUUACAAGAACAUCUUCUCUAUGCACAACCCAAAAAACGUGAUCGAGGGUACCGAAUCGUUCAACAAGAAAACGAGGGAUUUCCUCUACGAGCUAAUGGUGGAAGCCACUAGACCCAACAGACCAAACAAAAACAUGUUCUUUUACGCAGCGGGUGAGAAAAGGCUCGGGGAGAAAAAACUGUAUGCAAUGGUGCAGUGUGCGCAAGACAUAUUGCAUUGUAAGGGUUGUUUGGAAUGGAGUAUUAAGGAGCUUCCCAAGUGUUGUGAUGCUAAACAAGGAGCAAGAGUUUUGGGAACAGAGUGUAGUCUUAGGUAUGAACUAUACCCUUUCCUUAGGAGUUAA